GUGCCCGACGCCGCACACCCCUUCAUGGCGCCCACAGAGGGAGACAAACGAGGGCCUUGUCCUGGUCUCAACACCCUUGCCAACCAUGGCUACUUGCCGCGUUCGGGCAUCGUGCAUGCCCAGGACAUCGUUGAGGGUGCGCUGGCGGGCCUGGGCAUGUCGGUCGACGUGGGCACAGUGCUGGCCGCCUACGGCGUCCUGAGCGAGGGAGAUACGACAAGCAACAUGCUUUCGAUUGGUGCGCUUGGCACGUCUUCAGGCCUGGGCCUGUCCAAUCACGGCGCCUUCGAGGGCGACGCUAGUCUCUCUCGCAAAGACGCCUUUUUCGGCGACGGGCAGUUCUCUGGCUCCGCCUUCGACGCCGAGCAGUAUGCGCAGUUCAAGGCCUUCAACGCGCGCAUCAGCCAAGGGCGAGCCACGUUCGCCUCGCUCGCCGAGUAUCGCUUCCAGCGCUUCCAGGACUCGGUGGCCUCCAACGCAGACUUCACCUUCCUCCUCCCGCGCUACCUCUUCUCCUACGGCGAAGCGGCACUCACGCUGCGCCUGUUCGCGAACCACAAAGAUGGCGAGGAUGGAAGUGUCUCCGAGGCCGACCUGGACUCGUUCUUCGUACGCAACCGCUUCCCAGAGGACUGGUAUCGCGUGAGUAUUGCGCCCCGAGCCACACAGAAGGGAGACUAACCCCACUCUUACCUCUCUUCCUCUCGUGCUUUCCCCCCGGCCAAACAGCGAGGAGGCUACACGUUCCCCGAGAUCUUUGCCGACACGCUCACGGUGCUUGCGCCGCACUUUGUCCCUCCCGGCCUCAACGUCGGAG